UGACGCCGUUCAAACAGCGCGUGCGCCGCAAGUCCUUAGUUGCUUUCCGUAGUUGUUUUGCGAAGGUCGUACGCUAAGACCAGGUCAGACGGUUUAUAAAGAAAGCAGAAGUUGACUCCCAGCCAUGCCCAGCACAGUCUUGUGCGGUGGAGGCCGGCUGGUCCGAUCUCAGACCCUAGGUCGGCAAAUAUUAGCGGCUCUGAAGGUGUCCAGAGUCAGAACUUUCUCUACUGCAAAUCCAGAUGAACCUUACAUAUCUGUAUCGCAUACAGAUUCAGGCCCGAGAACUGUGUGGCCCGAUGAAAACAUGGGACCUUUCGGACCUCAGGACCAACGCUUCCAGUUACCAGGCAAUGUGGGGUUUGACAGCCAUCUGGACGGUGUGGAAGAGAAGAAAAAAUUGCCAGUCGGCAGGACUUUGCCUGACGUGCUAACGGCCCUGAGCAGCACAGAAAGACAACAGUUCAUCCUAGCCCAGUUUGUUCAUGAGUUUCAGGGGAAACUGGGCCCCAUAUCUAAGCGCCUCCACAAAGCUGAGCAGUACUUCAAUCAAACAGACACAGAUUGCUCCAUAAGUUCCUGUCCUGAGCUGUUAAGGAAAGAUUUGGAGCUCUUGUUCCCGACAGUCCCAAACACUUCCAUCACAGUUGUGACGGUCUCGCAAAGGAGCGGUCGCUGCAAGGAGGCGGAGCCAGACAGAGAGCAGCUACUCAGCAAAUUUAUGACGGGUGCUAAGGAGAUGUGUUUUGCACUGUGGACUGCAGGCUACUGGGCUGACUUUAUCGAUCCGACAACAGGAGAACCUUUCUUUGCGUCCCCGCUUAGUUCAAGCGCGGGACAAACAGGAAAGGAGCCACGGCAUUCUGGCUUCCGCAUCGAGACGUCAGGCUCCUGCACGGUUAUCCAACACAUUCUGAGAGGAACGCCUCAGUUUGUGGGCACAGUUUUCACCAACGCGCCGACCCACAGCGGCGCCGUCACACGACUACAAGGACUCUCACAUGAAUUGGACGAUGAGGCUGAAUAGUUUUCACGGUUCUGCGAGUCAAUCCAAUGUCGUGAAAAAGGCUUGGCUAAGGAGAGCGUGUGUGGUUUUUAUUUGACUAUAUGUAAAGCGCGUGUACCACACUGCUACCAAGCAAAGCGGACUAGAAUGAUCCACAGCAGCUCUGUGCUGGCCCUGCAACCUCCUCCUCACACCUUCACUGUCACACGGAAAUGUCAGCAGACAGGGUGGGACUUCUCGAGGAUACAGUCAGCCCUAAUCCUCAGCAGUUUUCAGAGGGCAAUCUCACUAAGUAUUUAUGGAUUCAGCUGCUGACCCAAUAAAGUGAUGUCAGGCUACCCUUUUAA